AAGACUGGGCAGUAAGUUUGUGUGUGUGUGAGAGGGAGAAGUGAAGGGCGAGGCUGUGUACAGAUGUUCCUCCAGUGGAUCGCUAACCCCGUCUUGUGUAAACGUGCAUCUCCAUCAUCAUCAUCAUCAUCUUAUUUUUCGUCAUCACACGCUUCUGCUCCGAUGGCACGCUAAACUUUUUUAUUUAGUCUGUAGCAGUGUAUUUUUCUCCGGUAUAACUGUCGGUGGCGCGCGCGGAGACACACACACACACACACACACACACACACACACACACACACACACACACACACACACACACACACGGGACAGCGUUUUAAGUGAGUUACGGGUGUGAAAGUACGUCUGGAAGUCACAGGAAGAAUGAAAGUCCGGAGAGACGAGCUUCAAUGAAAUAAUGGUUUCAUUCAUCAGUGGUAGAUGGUGGAGAUGGAAGUUCUGGAAUGUUCUCCAGGUGUCUCUGAUUCUGAUAUGUGCUGUGAGAACAGUGCUGAGCUGCCAGACUGAGUGUGAUGAGACGCUAACGUCCUCCAGCGGGACCUUUAUAUCUCCCUGCUAUCCAUACGACUAUCCACCGAGCCUGACGUGUAAGUGGACUCUGCAGGCUCCGGCCGGCUUUGUCCUGCAGCUCAACUUCCUCGACUUUGAGCUCGAGGAGGCUCAGGGCUGCAUCUACGACAAAGUGGUCGUCGACACCGGCGGCAACACCGUUAAGUUUUGUGGCCUGACGGCUAACGGACUCACGCUCAACUCCAGCACCAACGUCAUGGUGGUGACCUUUUACUCUGAUUUUAGUGUCCAGAAGAAAGGCUUCAGUAUCAGUUACAGGCAAGUUGCAGUGUCUCUGAGAAACCAGAAGGUGACGUUCCCUCAGAACCCCAAGGACGUGGUGCUUGUAUCCAGCUCAGUGUCCAUCCCGGCUCUGAGUCAGUUCACCAUCUGCUUCGAGAUUGCCGGUCAGACGCAGACAGGAUCAGGGUUCAUCUUCUCUUACACGGGUAAAGAACCCUACUUGUCCUUCGGCAACAGCGGGAACGCCUUGGAACUGAUCAUCGGCAAUGUCACAUGUCCAGUCCAUGAUAUGGUCACGUUAGCUGACUUCAUUGGCAGCAUGCAGCCGUUCUGCAUCACAUGGUCCAACACAAACGGUGCUGUAGCCGUGUACUUCAAAGGCAACUACCAGGUAAAGCUCUGCUCAGCUUCCGUGGGCAUGAGAACGGAGAUUGGAGGGUCGUUCGAGCUUGGCCGAGGGAAGAAGCAGGGCCAAAACUAUGAUGGCCUCAUCUACAACUUCCGCCUGUGGAAUUCAGCCAUGAGCUACCCUGAGCUUUCUGCUCUCACCUGCGACACUGUGGGGAACGUCGUGGACUGGGACAACAGCUUCUGGAACAUUCCAGCCUCAUACGCUCAGAGCGACUCCAGCCUCAGCUGCAUCUGUUUCCCACAAUGUGUACAUUUAACAACAACACUUUCCUCCAGCGGUACCACAGUUCCAGCGACCACAUCCCAAACCACCAGCUGCGCGUCCUCAGGAGUGAGCUGCCCAGCAUCUCUAACUACUACCACAUCAUCCACUGUCAACACUAACACGAUUCCUACUAAUGCAAGAACCAACGAUCUUUCUAUAAGCACUUCAUACACAAGCGCUCCUAGCAUGUCUUUAACUGCAGACACCGUUCAAACUACUUCACCAGCUACAACUUCACCAACCACCACCAGCACACCUACGGCUGCUGCUACUAAUCCUCUGUCCAUCCAUUCACGCAAGGGUAAGAUGUACUUUCUCAUGAAGGUCUUGAUGUGCUUGUCUUCACAUUGCGAAGCUACAUGUACUAUGCUGAGGUGCCAAGUCAAGUGUGACCAUCGAAUGAAGCACAGGCUAAUUCCAUUCUCACUCACCUGUCCAUUGGCUGCCGCAGAGAAAGGGACAGCUGUGCUUUUUUGGUCCUUACUGCGGCUACCUCCACGCUCCUCUGCUCCUCCUCCUUCUCAGCCUCCAGUUGUUCCUGCUGGUAGAAGUUCCAAAACUUCUCUUGGUUUUAUCUCCACUCCUCUUAUUUGGCCUGUAAGAAAGAAACCAGAGACCAUAGUAACACAGGCCCCUAAAUACUCUGCUAUACACAUGACUAAAGCACCUCCUUUACCGAUGAAAGCCAUAACGUACAUGUCCCCUGAGCCGAGAAUUUCUGAAGCUUUAACCAACGCCAAGAAAACUAACUUUACAACUAGAAGGCCAACCUAUUCCCAUGCACUGUGGCCACAUAACCAGACUGAAAAGGGGGAUUCCUUCCAAGUUGUAUCAGUCAGUAAUCGUAAGACUAAGUCACUGACUCCACAGUGGGACCUGAGUGAGAGCAAUGAGAACAGCUCUGAAGAACUCGAUUUUCCAUCAGGGUUUGGCUCAGAGUCAUUUCUGUAUGAUAUUGAUUUAGAUGAGAAUCUUUUCAGUUUAUUUGAAUUCGAUUCUACCUACUCUCUCGAUGAAGGCCUGACCACUACCAGCCCAGACAUAUCACUGUUAGAAUUUGCAAGUGCUCCUACUACCCCAGACAAUGCCUCCUUUGAACAAGUUGAAACACAGAACAGCAUGAUGCUUAUCAAAGCUCCAGGAGGGUCAGAUGUGCAAAUGAACCAAACUGGACUGAGCAGAAUAACUGGACAAACAACAGAGCCUCCCUCUCCCUCAAGACCAUCAAUAUCCCCAGCCUCCUCAGACUUAAUGAGCACUGUGCCCUGGGAUCUCCCAGUGGUUACAGGUACACGGUGCAUCUUUACAGAUGUUAGGAGGUAUUACCAAGGGUGUGUCAAGGUGCCAACUAUGUCUCCAACAGUCAUUGCACAUGGGCAGACAGGAACUUUAGAGGAACAGUAUAAAUUUACAGAAACCACUCCUAUCAUAACUGUCUCACUAAAAUAUCCAUCUGAUGAUAUCCUUUAUCAAACAGAGUUGUUCACAGAUCCUUUGACAGACGGUAAUUACCCUAUUCGAAGUAGUGAUCCCUUCAGAGCAGAGGCACCAAGGCCAACACCUUCAAUGGAGGUUCAGCAUGAAUAUGCCAUCAGGCCCAGUCCAUUGUCCCUUGCUACCCUUUCCUCAGCUCCAACAGAUGGCACUUCAGAACACUUCCUUGCCUCUGGUGCAAACGAUAGUGGAGACCUGACUCUGUCCCAAUCAGAGAAUUUAUUUAUCUCAACCCUCAACCCAGUCUACUUUAACUCUGUGAGUACCCCUAGCUUUGUUGCUCCAUACUUCCUCACUGAGAGUACAAUUGCUGAAUCGUCUGUGGUUGGACAGCCUACAUUAGACACACUUCAUGGGCUGGAGCCAUCACAAGUAAAUAGACCUCUUGAGCCUAUAUACAGGCAAAAAGACAAUAAUUCUUCAAUGGUUGAUCAGUCGGGUCUGUCAUAUGCCUUUAAUAUAUCUGUCAGUGGCAGGUCUGAGAUCCUGACAGACAUAUGGGACAUCUCUCCUUCUUCACCCCUUAAUUCAAAUUUGGAAAUGAGAUCACACAGGGAUGAUGGAUUGCUCAUGUUUAGUUCAACCUCUGACAACAAUUUUGACACAUCUCCUGUUUUACUGGAUUCUUUGAAAGCUACAGAAGUGGUCAGUGUCACAGAGGAAGGGGGCUAUGCACGAAAUCAGGCAGCCCUGUCUGACCUUUCUGUCUCCUCACCAUCACCAUCCCUCUCACUCACUAUGCUUCUGGACUUCCAAAGAAGACUGUCUGUAUCUCAGAGCUUAAAGGGGACUUCAAAUUAUUUUGAUGACUCUCAAGAGCAUUCAGAGAUGCUGCAGCUUUCAAAACUACUCGCAGAUGAAUCUGUAUUCUCUUUUCAGUCUCAGAAAGAUUUUGAUGAAUUUAACCCCAUUCUUGAAACACAACUUUUCCCUGACAUACCAGCUAACAGCUACGUGUAUAUGAGGACCUACAGUGAAAAUUACAUUAGCACUAGCAAACCACAAAUACCAAUUCAUCCAACAAGCACUUACAGCAACGAUAGAACAGCUGAACCCAGUACAAUUGUUCCAGAGCACACUGGAGCCAAUACAUUCACUAUCUCACAAUCUAAGCUGUUGAGCAAAGACGGCUCUCUGAUGUCCAGUUCAAUUUCUCCAAUGACCUCAACCUUGAUUGUGGAUGUACCACAUCAACCAAACACAGAACAUCACUACAUGCCAGGUUUUCCUCAAGUAACCAGUGGAUUUCAUCAUGCUUUCACCUUUCCCAUCAGACAGUCAUGGCCUUCAACAUUAGAAGCAAGUGUACAUAGCCUUGCUCUAGACAUUCACCCAGUGGAUACUAGUUUUGCAAUUGAGGACCUUCAGGAUACUAAACAUGUUCAGUUCUCAACAACAGAGCAGCUUUUUUGGUCUGAGAAUGAAUCAGCAAAGCCCUCCAGCAAUAGCAACAAUGUCCUGAUUGUUCGUCCCAUCACCACAGAUAGAGAAAUGCAUCCAUCUCCCCCGGCUGCUUACGACCAGUCCUUUGUCUCCACAAAUGGCACGCUUCCUCUGGCUUCCCCUCCUAAUGGAGUCAUUGCAGACUUUCACUCAGUGCCUACUGAUGCCACCCAUGGAACCACUACAGACACAUCCGAAUUUAUCCCAUGCCCAUGUAAAACGUUUUUUCACAGUUCUUGCCAUUGUGGACUUUCAUCUGGGAACAAGUUUACCUUCUACAGGAUUGCUUUUGUAUCAGAUGAUCUACAAAUCACAGAUGAAGCGCUAGAACAAUGGUUGAAUCAAACUUUCCUGGACUGGAAUCAGACUAUUUAUGUAACGAAUGUCAGCAUUCUUACCGGCACUGACUCCUCUGGGAUGACAAUCAACAGAUACACUGCUCUGCUGGUGUAUAGAAACACUACAGGCAAACUUCUGACUGCCGCUGACAUCAAGAACAGGCUGAAGAGCUUUCCUGCAGGCAGCUUUACGUUAGAGAACAUCGACGUCAAUGCAGUCGAAAACUGUCAGGCGGAGGAGACGCCACUGCAUUAUAAAUGGCCGGAGAGCAGACCGUCAGUCACUUAUUUCAUUCCCUGCUUCCCAUACAAAGAACAGAACGCAUCCAGGACAUGCAAAAUCAACGCAGACAAUUAUUCAUCAUUCUGGGACCAGCCAAACCUCUUGAACUGCAAAGAUAUAGAAGAAAUUGAAGUUUCACAAGAAAAUGCUGCAGACGUUGCGGUUCAACUCGCCGACAUCACAAACAACGGGCUUUCCACCACGGAGCUGUCGAAGGUUGUUAGCGUGGUGACCAAGCUGGUGAAUGUGGCACGAAUUAACGUCACCUUGGCUUCCACUGUGGUCAACAUCAUUUCCAACGUGAUGAUCAGCUCCGAGGCCAUGCAGCUGGCUGCCUCAGAAAUGGCACUAAGAACCAUGGACAAGUUGGUGCAGAAGAUCGAGUUUGAUGGUCCUUCACUGACCAUCACCUCCAAGAACUUGGCAGUGGGAAUCUCAGCUAUUAACUCCAGCAGUUUUAACGGAGCUAAUUUCAGUGCCUUCAUGGCUCUAAACUCCUCAGACCCUCAGAUCGAUUUGGAGUCAGAGGUCGAGAACUCCUUAGCGAGUGUCUCACUACCUGCCACUUUGCUCCAUAACCUGAGUGAGGCAGAUGUUGAGAUCAUCUCCAGAAUUCACUUCAUGUUCUUUAGUAAAACAGGGCUGUUCCAGGACCAGCAGGACAACGGCAUGUCCUUGAACAGUUACGUGGUGGCCAGCAGUGUGGGAAACUUUUCCAUCAGUAAUCUUGAAGAUCCUGUGGAAAUAGAGAUCACUCAUCUGCAGAAUCAGUGGUAUCAGAACCGACUGUGUGUAUUUUGGGAUUUCAGCAUCCAAAAUGGUACAGGAGGCUGGAACAGUGAGGGGUGUCGGGUCAGUGCCCAGUCCAACAGCAACAAGACAAUCUGCCUGUGUAACCACUUAACACACUUCGGGGUUCUGAUGGACCUGAGUGGAUCUGCAGUAACGAUGAACGAAGGGAACACCAAGAUUCUCACCUUCAUCACGUACAUCGGCUGUGGCUUGUCAGCCAUCUUUUCAGCUGUAACCAUCCUAACUUAUGUUGCCUUCGAGAAAUUGCGUCGAGAUUAUCCGUCAAAGAUCCUGAUGAACCUGAGUACCUCGCUGUUGUUCCUCAACAUGACGUUCCUCCUGGACAGCUGGCUGGCUUCCUAUGAGAUUCAGGGUCUGUGCAUGGCUGUGGCUGCCUUCCUGCACUUCUUCCUUCUUACCUCAUUCACCUGGAUGGGCCUUGAGUCCGUCCACAUGUACAUCGCCCUGGUCAAGGUCUUUAACACCUACAUCCGGAGGUACAUCCUCAAGUUCUGCAUUGUUGGAUGGGGACUUCCAGCUGUAAUUGUAGCACUUGUUUUGGCUUCUGACAAAAAUUCCUACGGAAAGGAGUUUUAUGGAAACGGAGCAAGUGGUCAAGGAUUGUCUGAAUUUUGCUGGAUUCGGAACAAGGCCGUGUUCUACGUGACGUGUGUGGCCUACUUUUGCGUCAUCUUCCUUUUGAACGUGGCCAUGUUUAUCGUGGUGAUGAUGCAGAUCUGUGGCAGGAACGGAAAACGUAACAACCGCACGCUUCAGGAGGAAGUGCUGCGUAACCUGCGCAGCGUCAUCAGCCUCACCUUCCUGCUCGGCAUGACCUGGGGCUUUGCCUUCUUCGCCUGGGGGCCGGUCAAUCUGGCAUUUAUGUACCUCUUCUCCAUUUUCAACUCACUGCAAGGACUAUUCAUCUUCAUAUUCCAUUGUGCUCUGAAAGAAAAUGUGCAGAAGCAGUGGAGAAGAUAUUUAUGCUGUGGAAAGUUACGCUUGGCUGAUAAUUCAGACUGGAGCAAGACUGCCACAAACAACACCAAGAAGGUGAGCUCUGAUAAUAUCGGGAAGUCGCUGUCCUCCAGCUCGUACGGCUCCACCACAGUCAACUGGACGUCCAAAGCCAGAGUCACGUUGAACCCUUUUGCAAAGCGACACAGCAGUUCAGGUAAACCGUAUUCCAUCCAGGCCAACCAGAAGUGCAGCACUUCUGACUCAGAUGCAUCCUCCUCGUCCUCCACCAUUCUGCCUGUACAUCAAGUUCUGGACAAGGUGAAGGGCUACUGUUCAGUGCGCUCUGACAACUUUUACAAAAAUAUCAUCCUGUCCGACAGCUUCAGCCAUAGCACCAAGUUUUAGACUGAGAAAGAGAGAGAGAUGGUGCGAUGUGAGAGACAGAUGUGUACAAAUGUGUGUACUGUAUCGUACUGAGCUAACCAACCAGCAUAGACACCUGCAUAAUCCUUUCAGUAGGAAGCCGUAAAGAAGGAGUGUAUGUUUUCUAUACUGUGAUGUUCAAACUGACUUUGAGUAUGUUGUAAAUACCCACGCUAUAUUUAACUGUACGUUUGCUUUGUUUUUUUUUUUGUUUUUUUUUCUAAUUGUCUUUUGUUGUUGUUUUCUUUUUUGUUAACGUGAUUUUUAAUAUCGCAUCGAAGUUCGCUUCUGUAUAUACAGCACACCGACAUCUUCCUUUAUUUAUACUUCUGCUUUAUUGGAAAUGAGAAUGUCUCCAGAGAUUAUGCAGUUGUUUGUGUCUGAGAGUAGAAUCGAAGCGUCUUCUGUAAUUCUGUUAGAUUUAAGUUUUCUCUCAUUAACAAAAGAAGCCAAGUAAACUUUCUCUCUGUAUUACUACCACCUUCCUACUGUAUAUUUUGCCGCUGUUUGUAAAUGUUUAAGGUUUUUGUAUCUUUUUAUUUAUACUUCUGCUUUAUUGGAAAUAAAAAUGCAGGACAGUCUUGUCCCCAAAGAUUU